AAAGUCAUGUUCAAUGCUUAGCGCCAAAUUAUUGACGAGAUUUUCAAAACAAAUCAAACCGGGAGUCUAGGGUUUACAGCCCUGUUUAGUAGGCCCAUGAGUAGGUUAGAACCCAACCCAGUCCCAUCCGGAUUCGCUUGGAUGCGUGAUUAGUGGCUUCAUCUGCUUCAUCUGCUUCAUCAUGGGCAUCACGGGUCUGUUGCCGUUCCUCAAGAAGUCGUCUAAACCGGUGCAUGUGAGUCAAAUGGCCCAUUCCGUGGUGGCCGUGGACGUGUAUUGUUGGCUGCACAAGGGUGCUUUCGGGUGUGCCGAGAAAUUGGUCCAGAAUCAGCCCACUCAGGGCUACAUCCUCUACGUCAUGAAGUACAUCGACCUGUUUCUCCAUUACAACAUCAAGCCCGUGCUCGUGUUUGAUGGGCGGAAUCUGCCUUCCAAGGCGGGCACGGAGAAGAAGCGCCGAGAUAAUCGACAAAAAUAUCGUCAGAUGGCCAAGAACUACUUAAGAGAAGGCAAAUUACGGGAGGCUCGGGAAUGCUUCCAACGAUGUGUGGACAUCACACCUGCUAUGGCACGAGAAAUGAUUCAGGCAUGCCAUGAGCGACGAAUCGAUUGUAUCGUGGCUCCGUACGAGGCCGAUGCUCAGUUAGCUCAUUUGAAUCGAUCCGGAUUGGCGGACUAUGUCAUUUCUGAGGAUUCGGAUCUGACUCUAUUCGGUUGCGACAAGAUCGUGUUCAAGUUGGACACGUCGGGCAAUGGUGUGCUUUAUGAACGAUCCCAAUUAGCCCAGAGUUUGGGCCAGCGAGCCGAUGCGUUUAAUUUUGAUAAGUUUCGCUACAUGUGUAUUUUGUCCGGCUGCGAUUACUUGCCGUCACUUCACGGCAUCGGUCUGGGUAAGGCCUUCAAGUUCUGGAGUAAGGUGUCCAAUUCGGACUUGCGACUCGUGCUGCCCAAGGUACCGGGUUACCUUAAAAUGCCCCAAUUGGACGUGACACCAGACUAUAUCAAUGGCUUCAUUCAGGCCGAUCGGACGUUUUUAUACCAAGUGGUUUUCGAUGUGAAAACCCGAAAACUUCAGCCGUUAACACCCUACCCAGUGGACUCUGGCCAAGGGGAUAUGGGUGAUUUGAGUUAUGCCGGAAGCUUGGCUGUGGAUGAUGAGCAGGCCUACCAAUUGGCAUUGGGCAAUGUGGAUUUUCACACUCAAGAACGAGUUUUUCACUUUUGUCCCGACAAUCAGACGCCUCCAUGCACCGUGUCCCAAUUUGGGAAGGCCGCCAACCAGCCAAGUAUCUGGUCCAAGGAUUUUGACCCGCAAACCGCCGUGAGACCACUCAAUUCCAAUUCAAAGGCUGAUAAUGGCGUAGCCAGAACCGCUUUCGGUGAUUUGAAACUCAAGCCCAGCCCAUCGACGAACAAACGAAGAUCUUCGAGUCCCUCUGAAGAUUUGAUUGAAUCCAACCAUUUCAAACGUCGUAAACCCAACGAGAAGCUCGUCGUUGAACAACCCGAUUCCCCUCAGAUUGAAAAAGUGUUCAUCAGCAAGUAUUUUUCCCCGGGUACCACCAAGCAAAAGGAAAAGAAGACAACGAAAACUGCAUCCGUUAGUGAGACAAAAGUCUCUUGGUUCAGUGCUCUCGACAAUGAGACCUCGACGUGCGACAAAUUGAUCUACAACACUGACCUAUUUGAGUUGCAAUCGAACACCUCGACCAAGGACGAGAAUACUGGACCAGUUCAAUCCACUAUACCCAUGCUGGAACAGAACUUAUCGUUGUGUGCCAGUGAUGCGAGUCGUCAAGCGUUUAAGCCCUUAAAAUUGAACUCCGAAGUUGAGGAUACUCCCGACAAGAAAUUGAAACGCAAUCCUUUUGCUAAGGUUACCCCCGAUAAAGCCGCUUCUCCCGAGCCUGAGGUGAUUGAUGUAGAAGACGAAUGUCCUGCCAUUCUGCCUGCCUCUCAAUUAAGUGCAUUCAGUAUUGACAGAGAAUCGUUUCGAUUCACACCCACAUUAGCUUCGUCUCAGGAGCUUGGAUCACAGGAAAUAUCAUCGUCUCCAUUUAAUGAGACGGCCACGGAAUCUCAAGAAGUAAUCAUAGAAAGGACUGUUUCGUCCGUGACCUUAUCUCAAUCCAGCUACUUUUCCAAGAAAACUGGCACGCCUAAGUCGACCUUGAAGAAACCUAGAGGAUUGUCGGGGCUCAUACGGCCAUCCUCGCAACAACAAAGAAGUGUUCUAGACUUGUGGAAAAAGGCUGCAAAUUAAAAGUGGGCCUAUUCCACUCCUAUCAUGAAUUUAAUCAAAGCUAGCUCAAACCCGAAAUACAUUCUGGUUCAAAAGA